AUUAGGCUUGUUACACCAUCCAAACCGGCCAAGUCGGAUGGUGAAAAUCCGGGACGGACCGGGAGUGUUCUCCUGCCGGUACGGACGAAAUUAGCACAUGGAGGGAGUGAUCUCACUUAUCAUUGCAUGCCAAUUGCCCAAGCUCGCUGAUGGCCGGCAGUUGCACUCUUCCCCUCUCAUACAAAAUCCAAAACUCGUUCGUUCCCUCCCUCUGCAUCUCCAAAGCUUCUCCUGCUUUUCCCAUGAGAACUUCGACACAGUUUCCAUCACGUUUUCUCACUCACGCUUGCUUCAAAUCUAAGUCCACUACUCUUUCAGUAUCCGCCGCUGGUACUUCCUUCACUUGGGACGACGUCUUGCGAAUUUCUCAACCGGAAAGCCUUCCAGACGAUCCUUCGGAUAUAUCAGGAUUCUUCCAGAAGGUCAAAAUCUGCAAUCGUGGAUCAGAAAAGCAAUCCGAGUUCCUUCCAUUUGUUAUCGAGGACGAAAUCGUUGGUUAUCUUCAUAAUGGUUUCGCUCAACAUUUAAAGAGAUUCAAGGAUGUCUUCUUUUUCCCUAGAGAUGAUUCUUAUGGAGGGCGCAUUGGUGCCCAUGUGACCUUACAUCCGAUGUUGGGAAAACCCGAGGAUAGGACUGGUGCAGUUGGAGAUGUGGUCAAAUGCUUGGGGGAAGAACUGAUUCCAGGUAUACGGAACGAGCUUUACCCUGUGAAAUCUUCCUUUGGUUCGCGGGUCUUUUUUUCAUUGGAACGUGCUGCAGCUCCUUACUUUGGAAUAAAGGCUUAUGGAGUUCAGAUGAAUGGCUACAUUGAGAGGAAUGGGCAAAAACUUUUAUGGAUAGGGAAGAGAAGUCAAGGGAAAGCCACUUAUCCAGGGAUGCUUGAUCAACUAGUUGCUGGAGGACUGCCUCAUGGGAUUGCUUGUGGGGAGAAUCUUGUGAAGGAAUGUGAAGAGGAGGCAGGAAUUCCCAGAUCCAUAGCUAAUGAAGCUAUACCAGUAGGCGCUGUUUCCUAUAUGGACAUUGAUGGCUACAGAUAUAAGAGAGAUGUUCUAUUUUGUUAUGAUUUGAAGCUUCCUGAAAGUUUUAGACCUGAGAAUCAAGAUGGAGAGGUGGAUAGCUUUAAGUUGAUUCCUGCGAGACAUGUAGCGAAUGUCAUUCGCAGAACACAGUUCUUCAAGCCAAAUUGCUCUCUUGUCAUCAUUGAUUUCUUGUUUCGACACGGAUACAUGAAACCUGAACAUUUUGGAUACUUGGAUCUACUACAAAGUUUGAGGAGUGGGGAUUGCUCCUAAUGAUAGAUACUUGUCCCCCUCCCCCCCCCCCCCCCCCCCUCCUCUCUCUCUCUCUCUACCCUUUACCAGCUACGCUUAUAUUGUGAAGGAAGAAAGGCUGUGCUGUAAGAAUGGAUAUUGCGAUGUUGCGAGUUAAAAGCCAAUAUAUUCUUCUUUGAAGUUGAAAAA